ACCAUACCAGAGUGGGUCUCUCUCUCUCUCUCUCUCUCCCCUCUGAUGCCUCCAAGUGCACCCUAUACGGGUUGUGGUGAGAAGAACCCGUUGGGCAGGGUUGUGUGCUGGAGCUGCUGUAAGAAUUCCCUCCUAAAGGUAGAGAGGAGGAUGAAGCAGUCCAGAGGAUCAGCCGUUUCAGAUGGAUUCGAGGCUGGGUAAAGUGUUUUGUUCCAUGGAAGAGCACACGCGCCAAUACUGACGCGGACGCGCGUCGAGUACGGACGCGGAAGCGCGUGUAAGACGCGCGCCUGAGUUGACGCGAACGGAGUGACGCGUGCCGGAAGUGACGCACGCGGAAGACGCGCGCUCAAAGAAGACGCGCGCCCGGAAAUGGACGCGCGCGCCCGGAAGUGACGCGCGUCCGGACUGACGCGCGGGAAAACGGCGUCAGGAAGUGACGCAAUAAGAAGACGCUGGCAGUGUGUGCAAGGCUGGCGUUUUGGCUGGAUGUGAUUGUACACUUCGCCGGAAGUUGGAGAGCGUUGGUUCACUCGGCUACAGACUGUUACUAUGGAUCAGCCUGGCUCUGGAAAAGGAUCUCAGCCCAAAGGUCCUAGGUAAGCUGGCUGUGGAUAUAUGGAUGUAAUGAGAGAGAACGAUAAUUAGUGGCUGAUGGUUGUCUUUUCCAUUUUCAGCCUACAUAUGUCAACUGAAUUGCAGAAAGGGGAGCCUACUCUCUCAAAGAAAGCGGCUUCAGCUACGGACCCAGUAGCGUCUGCAGACCCUCAGCCUUCAGGAGCCCCACAAUUGGAUGCUCUGGUCUCCAUCAUCAAGCAAGCUGUAGUACAAGGCAUGCAAGAGGCUACUGCUUCUACCUCUGGGGUACAGAGGAAAGCUAAGAGGGUCAGAGAUUUGCCAUAUGAGUCUCUAUCAGAUGUGUCAGAUGAAGAAUUGUAUUCUCCAGGGGACGCACAUUCAGAACUCUCAGAGGAGGGAGAAGUGUUUUCUGAGGAAGAGAUUGCAUUUGAUCCUACAGCGAUAGAGAAUCUGGUAAAGGCAGUAAGGAAGACGCUAUGUCUUUCGGAAGAGCUACCUAAGUCUAGUUCAGCAGAUAAAUUCUUCCCAUCGGUCAGGAAAAGACAGGUGACUUUCCCGGUGCAUGAUUCAAUUAAGGAAAUCAUCAGCUCUGAGUGGAAGAGAACAGAGAAAAGUUUGUUAUCCAGGGGAAGUUUGCAAAAAAGUAUCCGGUGGAGGAGUCUUUCUCUAAAUUGUGGGACAAUCCGCCUAAAGUCGACGCUGCGGUGGUAAGGUUGGCAAGAAAGACGACGCUGCCAGUGGAUGAUGCAGCAGCUUUCCGUGAUCCAAUGGA